AUGCCUUUCCACGACCUUAACGUGGUGUACACUCCCAACCAUGUAGACCUCUCACACACGCUCGCCUUUCACGCCGAACUGGGAUAUUCGGUGCUCGCUAUCUCUGUCUCUGUCACAGGCAAACUACCGUCUACACCUCAGCCUAUCCCUGUGUCAUCAAUCACCAUUCCAGCGAGCAUCGGCACAGUCCUCACGCGACUGACGCUCACGAUCUCCGACACGACUCAAAACCACCGUCUCUCCCAGUUCUCGCCGGCAUACUCCUUGCUUGCCCUGCGCCCAACCACGGAGAAGACACUCCAACUCUGCUGCACGUCCCUCGACUGCGAUUUGAUCUCCCUCGACUUCUCUCAACGUCUGUCGUUCCCCUUGAAGUUCAAAACUGUAUCUGGGGCACUGCAGCGCGGGAUUCGUUUUGAGAUAUCCUACUCGCCUGCGAUUCAGGCGGGAGGAAACAAUGAAGCGAGGAGAAAUUUGAUCAGUGGUGCAACGGCACUGAUUCGGGCAACGAGAGGCAAGGGAAUAAUCCUGAGCAGUGAAGCCAAAAAUGCCUUGGGAGUGAGAGGACCUCAUGACGUGAUUAAUCUGGCAAUGAUCUGGGGACUGGGGCAAGAAAAGGGAAAGGAAGCACUGUGUGAGGAAGCCGGAAAGGUCGUCAGGUUGGCGGGUAUCAAAAGGUCAAGUUUUCGAGGUGUUAUCGAUGUCAUCGAUGGAGGUGAGAGCUCUUCGGCUGCUAGCAGGGCUGGAGGGGACAGAAAAGAGAACACUACUCAACGUAAAGUUGUUCGGAAUCAAAUGCCGAAGGGAAAGGAAGUGGAAACGAUCGUCAAUGGAUUGAAACGGAAGGCAUCCGAAUCACGUCUGGUAAUUUCAGCCCAUCAGGACAAUCAGCUCACAGCGGAAGAGAGACCGCCUUCGAAACGCGAGAUGAAAAGAAGAGCAAAGAAAGCUAGAAUGGAAGGUGGUGAUGGUAGUAAAGCAGGGCCCGACGACGCAGAUACACUCCGCGCCCAGGAUACCGCUGCGUCAGAUUUUCCUAUCAAGCACGAGGCACUCUCCGAUAAGAUAGUGCCACCCAAAAGCUAG